AUGGAUGAUCAACUUAGAAAAUGGGCAGAAGAUCUUCAUUUAUCAAGCGGUUCUAGUGAGGAAGGUUCGUUUACAACAAAACAUGAAGUUAACAAACCUUUAGAAAGAAAUAAUCAAUUAGAAGUUGAUUAUACAGAUCAAUUUACUACAAAUAUGGUAUUUAAUUGUCGCGAAAACUUGAUUGAAUGGGGGCGGUCUACUGGACAAGCUCUCGGAUUUGUUUUAACUAUAUCUAGUUCACGCCAGGGUGGAUUAGGUAGACAACCUAAAUUGCUUAUCCAACGUGAGCGAAGUGGAGAAUAUUGUCCUAGUAAACCUUCAUCGAAAUUGACAGGUACUAAAAAAUGUAAUUGUCCAUUCCGAUUAAAGGGAAUGAAGUUGAAAAUUGAUGAUGACUGGAUAUUAAGGGUUACUUGUGGGGUCCAUAAUCAUCCUGCUACAACUUAUAUGGAGGGACAUUCAUAUGCUGGUAGAUUAUCACAAGAUGAAACUAGCAUGCUGAUAGAUAUGUCAAGAAGCCUGGUUAAACCUCGUGAAAUAUUGUCUACAUUAAAGGCAAAAGAUCCACAAAAUGUGUCAACGUUGUAG